AUGACCGACAUCCUGAGUAUAGGAGGUGAGCCGAUCUUCGACGAUCGCAUCGUCAAGAUCGAGACACACACUUACAAUCCAUAUGCCAAUACCACGUUCGGGCACAGCGACGAAAUACGAAUUCCAAUACAACAGCAGGAUCUGUACACUCUAACCUGCAAAAGUUUUCUGUACAUCGAGGGAGUACUCUCCGACGGCGUUCCGGAAAAGAAUUCGGAUACGACAAUGGACAACAAUUGCGUGGCGUUCAUGAACAGAAACGUCGGAAUAACCAGUUCGAUCAAGAAUUUCGUGUCGUUGACCACCGAGAGAAGCAGGAAACUGCAAAACGCUGAAUGGAUUGUGAUCAAUGAAUACGUGGGACCUCGUUCGAGAACUAGAAUCGGCGAUUUCAAUUUCUGCGUACCCCUUAACGUUCUGCUAGGUUUUUGCGAGGAUUACAAACACGUGGUGAUAAACGCGCGACACGAACUCAUUCUGAUACGUUCCCGAAUCGACGCUAAUUGCAUCGUCACGAAACCGGAACGUCACAAGAAUCCUACGAUUACUCUGUUGAAAGUGCAAUGGCGAAUGCCGCACGUGGUGCUGAACGACGUCAAUAAAUUGUCCUUUUUACGAACGUUGGAGAGCGGACAAUACCUAAGUAUGGGCUUCCGCUCGUGGGAUUUGUACGAGUACCCUUUGCUCCAAACCACGAACAGGCAUUCGUGGGCUGUGGAAGCAGCGACGCAGCUUGAGAAACCGCGAUACGUCAUUUUCGCGCUACAAACCGGGAGGUCCAACAACUUAUUGAAACACGCCUUCGAGUUCGACGACGGUAAUCUCACUAAUGUGAACUUCGUAUUACGGAUGCGAGAGAACGCGCUUCUAACGAUGGAAGAAUUCGACAAAUGGGGCCCGUUCGUGGUCAUCGACUGUUCUCGUCAGAACGAAUCCGUCAAAAGCGCCACCGUAGACGUUCGCAUAGAGUUCGAUUGCAAACGUAAUAUAGAUUCCAAUACGACGGCCUACUGUCUCAUCAUCCACAAUUGCGUGAUCGAGUACAAUCCGCUGACUAACAUAGUCCGCAAGAUCGUGUAA